AUGCUGGUUUUGAAAGUAGUGCUUGUUGCGUUGGACAACUUACAAAAAUGCAGUAUAAAAAAUGACGAAUGUAUUAGUGAAAUGUAUACAAAUGCUCUACUUAAUAUCGGCUCAGUGGGAAUACCGGAAAUAAAUAUGCCUCCCAUAGAGCCCUUGCUAUUUACGAAUGUAACAGUUAAGGUACUGGAUGUGGUUACAUUGACCCUGACCGAUGGAACUGUUAAGGGUUUCAGUAAAUGUCAAGUAAAGAAACUCCAUAUCGAUUUGGAUAAAAAAUCUGGCACUCAAGAUUUUCUAUGUGAUUUAAUAAUCAAAAGUAACGUCAAGGUCGAGGGGUCUGACCCAGCAAUUCAAGGACUCAUUGGAACUUCUUCACUUAAUGGCAUGGGAAAUUUAAGAGUGAAACUGGAAAAGUUAUUCAUGCACUUUGAUUUUCCAAUCACCCCAUUCAAAAAAGAAGAUGGCGAAAUAUAUUUAAAGAUUUCAUACAAAAAUAUUAAAUACGAUUUUGAUCUUGAAAAAGCAACUUUUGGAGCUGAGAAGAUAACGGUUGGGUCACAGGAUAUUAGUAAACUCCUUAUUGAUUUUUUAAACCAAAAUUUUAAACCAAUGCUGAAAACUUUGGGUGGACCGAUUUUUGCAAAAGCUACGGAGUUCUUUUUUCAUUUUUCCAAAUUAUUCUACGAAGGUAUCCCGGCAAAUAAAUACAUCAUAGAAGAUUUAAAACGUUAUAUUAAUAAGUAAAACACUAAAGCAAACAAAUCUUCUAUAACAUAUUUGAGAUAAAUAGUGUUAAUUAAAUGUUUUAUACUAAUUGUUCUGUCAUACUUCAUCAUUGCUU